GUUAAGAUCUAGCCUUUCUCAAUGUGGAAUUAAGUCAUUGCAAUGUAUACACGCUCAAACACCAUUCAGCAGCGCAUUUUCCUCUUUGUUGCCUUCUCUAAUCGCGUUCUUAACAAGAAUAGGAAUAGGUUUUCCUUUGCGCUUCAAUUUAGUGAGUACUAGUGUUCAUUGUUUAUUUAUCCUGCUACUUUGUACUUGUAGGUCACAUCAAUGGAAGAGGAUAUCCUCACAGAGCAUCGUCAUGGUGCCAAAUCCCCUGCUCAUGCACCAGUAAAGCCGCCGCUCCCCUCACCAAAGAAGGCUCCAGUGUACCCACCAAAGAAGGCUCCCGCCUAUCCCCCUAAGAAAGCUCCCACCUAUCCCCAAAGGUGGCUCCAAUUUAUCCGCCCAAGAAGGCUCCUGCAUACCCUCCCAAAAUUUCUCCAGUUCACUCCCCGUCUAAGCAAAACCAUGGUGACUGUGUCAAAUUGUGCAUGGAAUACUGCCAGAAGGCGGAGUCGAAAAGGGGAUGCCUGAGGAUUUGCGUACCCUGCUGCGACCAGUACCAGUGCGUCCCCGGACGUCCGGAGAAGAAGUGCGUCACCUGGGACAAAGUGUGGUACCAUAACGACUACGUCCCCUGCCCCACCCCCAAGAAAUAUUAAAUCGUCCACAGAUGCCCCUUCUAUUUCUUGUUAUACUCCAUAGUGAUUUCUGUUCUUUCAUCUGCUAUUGUAUCGCUUGAUCAUGUAACGAAUAAUCAUCCCAGGCUUCACUGGUAAUUUAUGUUUUCCUCGUGGUUGUUUGCAAAAAA